UGUGUGGUGUAUCUGGUGAAAGUUCUUCCAAGGUUUUUUAGUUCAUUAGUGGUGAGAGAAGCUGACGGAGCGCACGUACACGCAGCCACGUACUUUGGUCACUUUAGAGCAUCUUUAAAAGCCAAAGAUGAUCUGAUACGUGUUUGUUUUGGUGUACAAUGGUGAUAAAUAGUUCGCUCCUAGUGAAUGGAGAAGUGACAACUCGUUCGAAAUUUUUACUGACCAGAAGCACAACUGCCGCAAAGUCAAUGAAUAAUUUUAUUUUACUGUAUUGUCGUGACUUGGUUACUUAAGGCCGCUGUCUGGCAGUUACUGUUUUCAGUCGUGAACAUGUGAUGUUACCGGUGAGUGUAAACACUGGUGUGCAGACAUGACAUUAACAGCAGAAAUUCUACCGUUAUUUGUUAUGUACACAGAGAAAUAUUUACGUGCAGCGUACUUUCUGAAAUGUAUAUAUAGUUUUGGAGCGCUAAGUUCGUACUGCCUUAUAACGUAAAGUGAGAAAACGCAAUCAACAUUGUAAACCAGUGACUUGUGUAUGAGCUUUAAUAAUGUUAGGACAGCCAAAUAGCCGAGGUAGUGAUAGCGGUUACUGUGAACUUCAACCGGCGAGUGAAAGACAUUUUCAGAUAUGUGAUACAGAUCUAAUUCCGCCCUUGCAUCCGGCAGGGGUGGCAAAGGACGAUGUGGAAGGGAACAGUGGAACGACAAAAAAUAAUCGGAUGACUGGAUCAUCAUGUCAAGCUUUAAGGCAUGCUGUAUCUGCUCUGAACAGACUGGACGACUUCACUUGUGAGAAAAUAGGAUCUGGAUUCUUUUCGGAAGUCUUCAAGGUGACGCAUCGAACAACAGGACAAGUGAUGGUCUUGAAGAUGAAUCUUUUGCGGUCAAAUAGGCCGAACAUGCUCAAGGAGGUGCAGCUAAUGAAUAAGUUAUCUCAUCCCAACAUCUUGGGGUUCAUGGGUGUAUGCGUUCACGAGGGGCAGCUACACGCACUGACUGAGUAUAUCAAUGGAGGCAGCUUGGAGCAGCUUAUUCAGAAUUCUAGUGUGGAACUUCCUCAUCUUACAAGGAUGAAGCUUGCACUGGAUAUAGCCAGAGGAAUGGAGUAUCUGCACUCUCGGGGAGUUUUCCAUAGGGACCUUACUUCCAAGAAUGUUCUUAUAAAGAACAAUGAGGAGUCAGGUGAAAUGAUAGCAGUUGUUGGUGACUUCGGACUUGCUGCUAAAAUUCCAGAUCCAAUGUGUCCAUAUAGAUUACCAACUGUUGGUUCACCUUACUGGAUGUCACCUGAAUGCCUAAAAGGCCAGUGGUACAAUGAAAAGUCUGAUGUAUUUUCAUAUGGUAUAAUCCUUUGUGAACUAAUAGCCCGUGUGGAAGCAGAUCCAGACAUUCUUCCACGAACGGAAAAUUUUGGUCUAGAUUAUUUAGCUUUCAGUGAAAUGUGUGGUCCGUGCCCUCCAGAAUUUCUAAAAUUAGCAUUCUCAUGUUGCACAUUUGAGCCAAAAAGCCGUCCAUCUUUCGCAGAAAUUGUUAUCCGUCUUAAUCGAAUCAUUGCUGAUUAUGAACUCCAGCAGAAACAGCAACAAGAACAGCAGGAAAUACAAAUCUUGGGCUGUGCUUCACUACCAGUAGAUCGUGUCUGUGCUGCAGCACCUGCGGUAGCAGGUGCUCGAAGUGAAGAGGUUAUUUCAUGUGCAGGAACUGGAGCUGCUCCAGAAGAACGUGAUGCUGCACAGCUGAAGAAAGUGUGCCAUCGUCGAUCUUGGUCUGAAGAUGUUGGCAACUUGGUGUUCCCAAUGCAUACUGCACCAAGUGAAAAGGCCCGCUGCCAUUUUGUGGUGACGCCAAAGCAUGUGGGAGAGAGCAUGGUGCGGCAGGACCCGCACUACAAACCAUCUCGAGCCAAUCCCUUUGCUGCUCUGUCCCAGUUCAGAGGAGUGAAGAAAAUUCUGGGAGGCCUUAAUAAAGGCAGCAGCUCUAGCUCAUUCAUGGCGGGACCAGGAGGAGAUUUGUUUUCAUCGUGCUUCGAGCUGCCAUCACCAUUCUAUGGCCCAACACCUCCAAGUACACCAACAGCAGAAACUGAUUCCAUCCACGAGGCAUCUAUUUCAGGAAUAAAAGGCGACUCAGUUGUCCAAUCCUCACCAGAUGACAGUGAUUCAGCAACUGGUGUGCUGAAAGUUCAGAAGAUAAACCAACCGCUUUCUCUGCCAUCUUCACCUACAAUGAUGCGCAGAAGAAUUUUCUUAAAUAUGAAAAACUUAUCAACACCUCGGCUUGCAUCAAGCACUUUUUCUUCAGAUGAAGAAAGUAACAUACCAAAGAAAAAUCAAGUGACAUCAAACAGCCAAAAAACUUCUGGUGAAAUAAAUAUGAAGUGUGUUACUGUUGAAGAUAGUGACAUGGAUUCUUCUAAUUUAAUGUUAUCACAUCCAUUGUUUAUAGCUAGUGAGAGUCCGAAGUCUGAAUCACUUUCAGAGACUUGUACAUUACAAGAUUCUCAGCAUACACCACUUUUUAUUAAUCACAGGGUAUGUUCAUCAAGCUUAAAUCUUGCUGAUGCUGGUGUCCUUUUGACAGAGGACCCUGGUGGAGGACUGGGCCUUCCAACCACAUUAAGACGAAGAGGGUCCUGUGAAUCAGGCUUCUUUAGUAGUGUUAGCGAAGAUUUUACUAUUACGGCCGGGGACUUGUUACUGCCCUCUGAAUUUGGAAGUAUUCACACAGUGCCCCGCAGCCAUCAUAACACUUCAUCAGCGACACUCUCGUCUUCCUCAGCAGCAUCAUCUUUGUUUCUGUUGGAUGAUUCUGCAAACUCAACUACUACUGUGAGUUCUUUGAGAUCAGGUAGUGGUGAACUUUGUGACUUUGAUGAACUCAGUACUCCUGGUGGCAUUGUGGCUCGUAGUACACCUCAUCACCAUUCUCUUAUUUAUUCAGCAAAGCGGUCAUCAUCCAUCUAUACUGACAGCUCAGAAGAUAUAUCUAGUUUAGGUGGGGGUGAUAUUUCCUACUGGGAGGACAGGAAUUGCAGUGCACGACCUCGUCACAUAAGCAGAAUAGUGGAAUACUUUGAAAGAAAACAAAGUGGUGCAGCAACAAACACUGUGUCCAGAUUGUCAAGUACUGCAGAGAGAGGCACUUCAGUGUGGGAAUUACCUGAUGGAUCUUUCUCUGUGAAACACCAAAGAGAUCUGCUUUUCCAUCAAGGUACUUGUGGGAGCAGGAAUUCACCAGUAGACUUUGCACGUCGUAUGGAAAGCUCAAAUUUGAAUGAUGCUAUACGUUCCUCAAAAAUUGCUCUUCUCCGAAAAUCUUUGGAGAAGGCUGCUAUUGCUCAACAACAGGCUUCUCAUCAUCAAGGGAGGUCUGUACCUGGUGCACAUAAUGAUCGAACUUUGUGCACAAAACGAACUGUUAAUGCAACACAGAGAUUGAUGAUUUGUGAAGGAGCAGUUCGUUCGAAACUGCCACUGUUUGAUAAAAAGUAAAGUGUGGUAAUAAGUCAUAAAAGUGUCCUGCCAUUUAUAACGUGUUGUUGAUGGUGUAAGUAUAUUUGUAAAAGGGAUAAAUACAAGUACAUAUCCAUCGCAGUUCAACAGCUGUGAAUGUAUCAUAAACUGUAUUACAUUUUAAUUGUUUUAUUCAAUAGCAGUUGCUUUAUUUGAUUUUUAUCAGGGGAUGACCUUCUAAAAAAGGAAAUAAUUCAGUCAUUUUCCUUUUUUCAUAAUACUGUUUAUAUAAAAUAUAUUUCUGAAAUUUCAACCGAAAUUUUAGUUUUCUCUUGAAUUGGUGACUGUUUUCUAUGCAUAUAAAAAUUAUUUCACAAUUAUUCCAAUAAGUUAUGUCUACCUCGGAGUACAAUUGUUGGUAACAUACAUACGUUACAUUGUUAUUAGCUUGGUAAAUAAUGUACGCUUCUCAUAUAUUUUGAAUUUUGUGAAUGUACAUGUAUUGUGUUUAUUGUUUGUGUGGCAUGCAUUUUUAUUUCUUAGCAAAAGAAGGAAAUGUUGUGUAUCAGGUACACUGCUAUAAAAAUUGUGCUGAACACACAUCAGGAGACAGGAAACUACACCUAUUUUUCAACCAAUGUCCUGAUGAAACAAUUUGUUUUACAAAAUUUGUGUCGUUAACGAGCACAAUUCAUAUUUUUCUCUAAUGGACCCACAUUUUCAGCAGAAACAAUGAGAAAUUUUUUGUAUCGAAACAGAGUUUAACCAGUAAAGAUCACCCAGUGCAAAAGUAAAACUAAUGUUUUUUCAGUAUUAAUGAAUUUUUUAAUGUGAGUAUGUGUUUUGAGUUUUUCUGAUUUAUGUAACCAUUUCAGUUAAUAAAUUAGCUGAAAUGUGUUAAAAUUAUUAUUUUGUGUACUCUUUCGUGUUAUUAUUUAUUUCUUGGGAUAUCAAGAAUAAAUGCUAGUUUUUGUUAAAUUUUAACAUUUCCGUAACCUGUUCGUAGGCAUUUUCUUAUUAUUGAAAUGGAAUGUGAAGAUCAUCAGUAUUACUACCAGUUGCGUUCUGGUCUACAUUUCUGUAUUAGGGUCAUUGUUAUCUAGUGAUAUGCUGACAGAUUAGAUAUAUAAUGUAUUUUUAAUAAAAGAAUUGCCAAAAUUCAACUUUGACAGGAACUCAUUUUUGUCAUUAAUGAUAUUUCGUACACCAUAAGUUUGUAUACUAGUUUUAAAAUGAAAAAAGUCUGAAAUACUAAAUGUUGAAAUGACCAUGUGUUAGUGGCUGUUGAAAAGUGUCUCAAGAAGCGCAACUGUUGUGACACACUGUCAUUUGAGGCUUUGACAUUGCUCUUCAGUCUGCAAAAAAUGUGAGCAGCGAUCAGUGGCCUUCAUUUUGUUACCUCAGAAUAAUUUAGUUCCAAAUUUUUGCAAAUAUUUCACCAUGUAUGAUGUGAUAUUUGGAAUCUUAGAUAUUCCAUUAAUAGGUAACCGUCUAAAG